UGAACAUCCCUGUUCAUGUAAAUGAGAAGAUGCAAAGGACGGGGGGCAGGUGAUCACCUUAAGGUUACCUAACCAGUGUGAAAUGGAGUUGAGGUGUAACAAUAUGUCUGCCAUUGCUACCUUGAAUUCAUGUUCGAGUUGGUGAAAGGCAAUCAAUUUUGGGUGGAGGAGGCAGAGUCUUAGGGGCAGUAAAUCUGGGUCAAUUGUUUCUGGUGGAAGGCAUCACAGUGGGACAACCAUAGGUGCUAAGUGAGGAGUCACAAUAGAUGUGCAGAAAAUCUCUCACUCCUGGUUGAGUCAUUAAGGAGCAGAAAGGCUAUCCUAAGAGCUGGGUUCUUUACAGUGGGAAUCUGAGUGUUUACUGAGAGAAGAACGAUCAAUGGAGGAAAAACGUUUUUGAUCAAACCAAUUGUAAGUAUCACUGAGCUUCCUAUGUCACUCCUACACUGAUGCUGGUAAGUUCUUGCUUCUAGGAAUGGAAACAAUGGCCCGGGUCUCCAGCCCUGGUGAUGACACUGGUGGCCGUUUCCUUGGCUACCGGGGCCUGUGGGGUCUAACCGUCAUGCCCAUCCACGCAUUGUGUACUAUCUCUCGAGAUGUGGCUGCCAUCCAAUGCGGCCACACCUUCCACCUGCAUUGCCUGAUUCAGUGGUUUGAGACAGCACCAAGUCGGACUUGCCCACAGUGCCGAAUCCAGAUUGGCAAAAGAACCAUUACCAACAAUCUCUUCUUUGACCUUGUCCAGGAGGAUGAGAGUAUUUUGGAUCCAGAAUUCCUAAAGAAUGAACUGGACAGGGCCUGGCGGCUUGGCCUAUCCAGCUAUCUCAGAAAGAGACAGAACAGCCAGGCUAUCAUUGACGCCCUGCGAGACUCACUGGAAGAAUACAAUGCCACUGUGGAAUCUCUUCAGAAGGCCUUAGGCAAGGCUGAGAUGCUGCAGUCCACUUUCCAGAAGCAGAUGAAGUACUUCGAACAACAGCAGGAUGAGCCCAAGCAAGCACAGGAGGAGGCCCGUCGGCUCAGGAGCAAGAUGAAGACCAAGGAGCAGAUUGAGCUUCUACUUCAGAGCCAGCAGCCCAAGGUGGAGGUGAUCCGACACAUGGGUGUGGGACAGCCGGCGGUGGAGCAGCUGGCUGUGUACUGUGUAUCCCUCAAGAAAGAGUAUGAGAAUCUAAAAAAAGCACGGUAGGCCUCGGGGGAGCUGGCUGACAAGCCGAGGAAGGACUUGAUUUCCUCUAGAAGCAAGUUGCAAACGAUCUACUCUGAAUUGGAUCAGACUAAGUUAGAUCUGUGGUCUGCUCAGAAGGACUUACAGACUGCUGACAAGGAAAUCAUGAGCCUGAAAAAAAAGUAAACAGUGCUGCAGGAAACCUUGAAUCUGCUACCAGUGGCCAGUGAGACUGUCAACCGCCUGGUUUUAGAAAGUCCAGCCCCUGUGGAGAUGGUGAACCUCAAGCUCCUCCGACCAUCCUUUGGGGAUGAUAUUGACCUCAAUGCUAUGUUUGAUGUGGAUACUCCCCCAGCCCGGCCCUCCAGCUCCCUACAUGGCCACUCCAAGAAGCUCUGCAUGGAGCAGGCACACUAUCCUGUUCAAAAUGUCUCCAAGAAGGUAUUCAAAGGCUCGAAGCAGGAGCACCAGCUCUUGCUGGGUGGCCAGUGCUGUGCAGGAGAGCUAGAUGAGGAACUGGCUGGCACCUUCCCUCCCUUCAUCUGCAAUGCUGUGCUGGGCCAGAGACAGCCCAAGAGAGCAAAGACAGAGUUCUGUCGAAGCACAGAUGUGGUAAGAACAGGAUUUGAUGGGCUUGAAGGGCGGACAAAAUUCAUCCAACCUACUGACAUGGCCAUGAUCCACCCAUUGCCUGUCAAACUCAAGGCCAAGACUAAGCAGAAAGUGGGAGUGAGACCUCUGAAACCUACCUCCCAGGCCAAGCUGGACACCUUUCUGUGGCAGAGAGACUAGUGAACCCAGGCAGUGGCCAGAUGUGUGCUUCCAAUUUGUAGGUCAAGCACUGGCCAGGAGAGGGUUUGGGU